UAUUACUCGGUUUUUACGUGCGAGGAGGGGGGGAAAGCUUGAAUCCCGGUCCUGCCUCGUGAGCGCGAAGGUUUUCUCCAAACGACAUGGCGGCUGCCAUAGCACCAAGCGCGACGUCAUCUACCUCCUCGGCUUCAUCACCACCGCCUUCCUCGAUGCCCCUGCUGGAUCGACACCCGAGCAACUCCUCCACGGGUCGGAGCAGUCGUAGGUUGGCCGCCAUGAAGGGUUCUGCGGGGGCGGACUCAGCCGCGGUCGCCCCGGUCCCUGCGCGAGAAACCAAUGCUGUCGGGAAUGGGGGGGCGGGGCACGGUAAUCGCGAGGACAGCUGCAAAAUACGAGGUCGGGAGGAGGAGGUCGAAGCGCCCUCCGGUUCCAUAACCUUGACGCCCUCCAAUUCGGACGAGCCCAAGGCGAAGAGGGCACGCCAGCAACUUUCUUUGGUCAUUCAGCCCCCGGUCCCGCGCUACCCGUUCGUGAAUAACUUUUUCGACGUCCACGUCUUCCUCUUUGACGAGGCCAACCAAGUGAAGAGCGGCGAUGAGUUCGAGCUGCCCUUGCGUGUCCGGUUGGUCUUCAACGAGAAGGCGCGCUCCUCUGUGGAGAAGGACGUGAUGGAGGUGGACCCCGCUGUCCCCCGCCUGGGCCGCCACGGCAAGUGCAGCUUUCGCGUGCGCCUGAGAGACGUGUCCAUGAACUUCGACAACCGCGAUUUCCGCCUGCAGGUGGCGGUGGGGGGGGGCGCAAAGGGAAGCGGGCUGGCAGUCAGCAAAUAUUUUGUGGCCCCUGUUUUUUCGGACCCGAUGACCGUGGUUCGGCACCGACUGCGGAUUCGCUCGGAGACUCAGCCGCCGACCGUAUGGUACAAGGACGAGGGUGGUCGGGACAAGUGCAUGGAGGUGGCGGUGGAUCUGGUGGACUCGGAGGGCCGGCGCGUGCACGGACAGGAGGUGCCGCUCCGGGUCUCGUUGCUCUACGAGGACUUGCAGCCGGUGGGGAAGCAGAACAUUCUCAAGCUCUCCUCGGACUCACGGCAGAGCAUCGAUCAUACGGGCACGGCCAUGCUGCGCCUGCGGAUCGAGGACGUGUCAAAAAACCACCAGAGCAAAGGCUUCGUAAUCCAGCACCUCUGUAUCUGUCCGGUCGAAGCGGAAUCGGCGGUCUAA